UCUGCAUGGAGAUACAACUAUUCAAUCACUUUUAGACGGUAAAAACUUCUUAAACUUGGCGUGCCUUAUCAACUCAUAACAAGAUAUAGCCAUGAAAUUUCUCAUUAGCAUAAAAUGAACAAUUAUGAAACAAUUUUCAAAGAAGAGGAAAUCUAAUGAAAUUCACAGAAUCUACAACUAGAAGCCAUGUCUGGGGAAUCUAAGAUGGCCGACAGUGAGCUGACCUUGAGUGAGAUUCUGGAGACUGGUUUCCUAAAAUGUGAGAUCUGUAAAGCAGUCUACGAUGACCCCAGACUGCUACCAUGUCUACACACAUUUUGCAAGCACUGCAUAGACAAUUUUGUGGAAAACAAAAACCAGUCUGGAAAAUACAAUGAAAACAAUCAGCAGGGCAAUGACACUGGCAACACUGAAGCUAUGACCAAUUCUGCACUUGAAGAAACUAUAAUACAGUGUCCAAUAUGUAAGUCAGAAAUAUCCGUUGAAAAUCCAAAGAAGGUGAAUUUUCCUCAGAACACUUUCCUGCAUGACCUUUGCCUGAUGUAUGAGUACAAGCAUGAAAAGCACCGCAACUGUGACUACUGCCAGUUUGAAGGCAAGGUUGUGGGUGCCUCUCAUCUGUGUCUUGAUUGUCAUGACAACAUGUGCCAAGGCUGCACAGGGGCCCAUCAUCGCACAAAGGUCACUCGCGAUCACAAGGUCAUCCCCUACGCUCAGGCUCAGAAGGGUUUAUAUGAUAUUGAUAUCCGGCGCAAUCAAGUCCAGUUGUGUGAUACACAUGACAGCGAGCAUUUGAGUAUUUUUUGCGAUACUUGUGAAGUAUUGAUUUGCAAAGACUGCAAGGUAGAAUCACAUGACAAACACAAAUGGAGCCCUAAUGAGAAAGCACUAACCAAAUAUGAGAUACAAAUGAGGAACCUUCACAAAGGAAUUCAGCAUCAGAUCCCCACCAUACACAAUUAUAUACAAUUUCUGGCCAACUAUGAUGCUUCUCUGGAGAGAAAUAGAGAGAAAACUGCAAACAGUAUCAAGGAGCACGCAGAAGCACUUCACAAACAAAUUGAGGAACAAAAGUCUCUUUGUAUUGAAGCACUCAACAUGGAAACUGAUAAGGAAAGAUGCAUGCUUCAAGUUAGGAGCCAGAAUCUCAAGACUGCCGCAAUAUCACUGGAAAAUAACGAGAUGUAUCUGAGAGUCCUAUUGGAGCAUGGCAAGCCAGAUGAAAUUCUACAGCUCCAUCGACCAAUCAACCAGCGUCUUACAGCUCUUACCCACAUGCAGAUGGAUGGAAUUUCCACGAGGCUAAAAGCCACUUUUCAGACAGGGAGUUCAACACUACGCAACAUUCAGACUGUUUUUGGGAAGAUGUCAAUCAGUCACGAUUACUUCACACACUCAGACUCUGGUCUGGCCUCCCACAAUGCUUUGCAAAUAUGCAACAUGCUGCCAAGCAUUCGUAACACACCUGAACUGAUAAAUGAAUUCGAGGCCAAGGGCAUGUUUGAUACCAAAGAAGUCUGGCCAACUGGAAUUGCAGUGACGAAGGCUGGGGAGUUUGUCAUUGCUGACCGAGACAACAAGAUCGUGAAGGUAUAUGACAAAAGUGGAAACAUUAAACAAGAAAUCUGUGGACAAGAGAAGAACAAGCUUGCCACGCCAUUCGAUGUUGCGGUGCUGAAAUCUGGGGACAUUGCAGUAACAGAUCACGAGGCUGAAGAUGUCAAAGUCUACCGAACAACGGGAGAGCAUGUCAUGACAAUCAAGGACGGGAUCAAGUAUCCAAGGGGUGUAACUGUGAACUCAAAGGGGCAGGUAAUAAUUCUGGACUGUCAGCUACGCCAACUGACAGUCCAUGACCCCAAUACUGGAAAUCUAAUUAAAACAAUUGAAGGUAAGGACAAUAAAAACACAAAGGUCAUGGUAGACCCGUAUUACGUCACUGUCACCCCACAGGACAACAUUAUCGUCACGGAUACAGCCUCACCAAAUCUGAAGGUCUUCAGUCCCACUGGGGAGUACCUGGCUAGGUACGGACACUACGGUAUUGGAAAGGACGAGAUUCUACAGCCAUAUGGCGUCUGCUGUGAUGAAUACGGGUACAUCUUCGUGGCUGAUAAUAACAACCACAGGAUACACGUACUGUUGCCUGAUGGGAAAUUUCAGCAGUUCUUUGUCACCAAGACCGAGAACUGCUGGCAUCCAAUGGGUUUGGCGAUUACCUCCGAUGGCUGUUUGGCCAUAACUGAGGCACUUGGGAAAAUCAAAGUUUACAAGUAUUUGUGAUGCGCCAGCUUUUAGGCACUUAAAUUUCUUUAAAGUGAACAACAUUUUUUACUUGUGGUUGCCUUUUGGCACCUGGAUUUAUUCAAUUCAUUAAAGGUAUAAUAUAUUGAUGAUUAUAUUGACAUAAUGGUUAUUAUAGUAUUUUCAGAUAACUUUCCUAGUUAUUUUUUUAUUAAAAAUGCUAUUUUGAUGCAUACAUUUGAAAAAUGGAAGAGGGAGUUUUCAAAUUUCUGUUGUAAUCAUCAACCAAAUGGUAAGAAUAGCCCAAACACUGUAAAACAGUCAACAAAAAGUAUUGGCACGUCCACUACUUGUUAUUUAUUUAUUUGUUUUCCAUGUUAAAGUUUUUAAUAAUGCUUUUUAAACAUAUACUUGUUUUGAAAAGUAUUGAUGAUAGUAGUUUGCUUAAUAAAGUUGUUAAUCCACCAUGAA